CCACCAAAAUUUCAUACAUUACAUGUGUAUAUUACUGUGUUGUUAGCCUAUCAUUCCAAGUAUAUACAAUCUGAUUAUAUUUUCUUCUCUAAACAAAAAUUAGGUCCAAUAAAAUCACCCAUCUUGCACGCAUUGCGCUUAGUGCUAUAAAACAAAUAUAGUUGGGGGUCAUUGUUAUUCGUGUUAUUUCUUGCAUUGGUGCAGGAUUCAAAAAGCGUCCCUACCCAGCGUAGGACGAGUGUCAUACUAUUCACUCUACUCCGUCAGUUGAACAGGGCCUCUAAUCUUUAUUGCAAGGAGACGAGGGACGGGACUCAAGAGAGGAAACUGAGCAUCGACGAGCUACACCUUCAACUCCAGAACCUUCAAUAUGAGGCCAAGCACCUCCAGAAGGAAAUCACCAGCUGCUAUGAGUUUAAGUCAAAACACGAUGACAUUGAUUUAAUUUCGGAAGAAGAGUUUUAUGAAAGUGCUCCAGAGUCUCUUAGCAAUCCAGAAGUGACAAAGACUGAUUCUCAUAAACUCAUGCUCGCGAGACUGGAAUGGGAAUUAAAGCAGCGAGAGCAGCUAGCCUCGCGACAGUCUUCACUGGAAGCCUCGAUAAAAUCAAAACUCGAGCAAACUCAAAAACUAGAGGAAAAACUCUCAAGACUCCGCCCGGCCCUUGAGCAGCUUAGAGUCUCUUCUUUGGCCUUGGAAGAGUUCUUUGAUACUCCUGUCAGUUGGGAAAGGGAGCAGCGUAAGCUGGCCGUCUUGCUGCCUAGGCCAUUGUACAUGCUGUUUGUUCAGAGUGAAGGAUACAGUAAAGCUGAGGAUUCUUUGCUUAAAGUCAUUGUCGACGGUAAUCUUGAAGAAGCAAAGACCUUUGACACUACCGGACAGAAAGAAGAAACACAACAAGAUGAAGAGACAGAGUCGGAACAAUCCGGAACAAAAAAAAAGAAACGACGUAAAUCAAUGAAGCCAUCGCCAGAGGAUGAGUCUAUUCCUCCCUGUAGAGUCUCCUUUCCACUCACUGUUAGUUUGAAGAUCACUACUAAAUGUGUUGGUUCUGUCACUAUUUGUUUCUAUUAUUUGCCAUUUUUCAAUGCCGUCUGCUCCUCAGUGACUUCCAUUGAUCUAGAGACAGACCAUGCUUCCUUGAAAGACAUUUUUGUCGAUAAGUCCUUCUUGUUGCAUAAUCUAUUCGAAGGCGAUUCUGGAAAAUUUUCCCCUAAUUCAGCCGUCUCUGUCCAAAUUAGAAAAUACGGCGGAACUAAUUUCUCAGCUGCAGUUAGGCAAUAUGGAUUUCCUUUUAAGGUAACAGCUAUGAUUGGUUGGUUUUUGAUGCCGGAAACUUCUAAAAGUUCUACAGAGCAUAAGUUUAUCAGAAUCAGUAUAAAACUUAGAAUUUUUUAUAACCAUUUUUUGGGAAAAAUAAGGCUGGUCUUUGUCCAAAUUUUAACUUUUUGA